GCAUGCUGGUUAUUGAAAGACUGGCAAUCAUCUACCGUUCAGUCAAAAUGAAGCCUAGGUAAAUGAGGAAUAACGACGAGGAAAUUGCUCAUUUUAGAGCGAAUGAAACACGCAAAGAGUAGAGCAUAACUGCUACAUCCGAAAUGUGGCGAAUUCAUGGUUUUGUGAGUAGAGUCUUGAGCCGUUACCAUGGGAACAGUCAGUUGCGGUUGUCUCAGGGUCACCAUGUCGAGGAUGAGGUUAUCAACAGCUCCACCGUCCUGUCCUCUGGGCGCCAUGCCUCUGACAGCAGUUCUCAGAGAGGGGAAGAUGAGGAUCAGAGAAAGAGAAGAAGAACCACUCGAUUCUGCUAUACUGGACUCCCUCGGUACACCGCCCUGGACGCAGUGGGCUGGGGAGCAGCUGCAGUUCUGUUUAUGCAGCUCUGUAGGCGUAUCCACUCUCAGUUUUCUACAGCGAAUGAACAGAACUGCCCGUUCCGUCAGAGGGAACCGGGCCCUAUCCAGAAAUAUGGCUACAGGAUUCUACUGGACAUCUUAUCAAGACGAGAUGUGCUCCCCAGAGGUGUAUCUUGUCUGAGAGGGGUGCCAGACACUGAAGAGCAGGGAAGCGGCAGUAGCAUUGGCAGUAGCACUGGCAGCAGCGGUGGCAGUAGUAAUGGCAGUAGUGCCAGUAGGAACACUAGUACUGAUGGAGACUCUACCCAGGAUUUUCAGCCAACCUGCAUUACUCCUUCCCACCAGCAGGAGGAGCCUCUGCCUGACUACUCAUUCUCAUGUCAACUGCCUCAAGAAGAACCUUUUUCAGAUUCCAGUCUCCGACAGAGCGAAAUUCGUGCCGAGAAAUCGACAGAAAAUGUGACUCUCUCUCCUAAUGAAAGCGUAACAGAGGCUGCUGAGAACCUGAGGCAUGUGGGUGACUCCAGCAUACCCAUAAUUCUCAACAUCAUCGGCCUGGAGAGUGUGAAGGCAGGAGACUAUGAAACAGCGUUUUGUUGUUUCCUGGCAUCAGCACAGCAGGACUACAGUAAAGCCCAGUUUAACACAGCCGUUUGUUAUGAGAAAGGUCACGGGGUCGACAAAGAUCACACCCAGGCAUUGCACUAUUACAGAUGUGCGGCAGAGGCAGGCCACAGACAGGCUCAGUAUCGUUGCGCUAAACUCCUCCUGAACAGCAGAGGGCAGAAGAGUGCUGAAGACACUCAGACUGCCAUGACACUGCUGCACAGAGCUGCCGCUGCAGGCCUCACAGAGGCUCAGUUGUAUUUGGGUGUGUUGUUGUAUGAGGACCCAGACAGUGAUGAGAGGAAGUCAGUGAAGUAUUUCAGAAUGGCAGCUCAGAGUGGGGACACUAAGGGGCUGUGCUACCUGGGUCAGUGCUAUGAACAUGGAUUUGGUGUCACUCAGUGUUUCAACACAGCAGUGGGUUUGUACCAGCAAGCUGCAGCAGCAGGAAACAAACAGGCCCAGAAUAUGCUGAGAUCUCUACACCGCAGACAAGAGGAUGCAGUUUUGCGCACAAUUCGCUCAGCUCCCUGUCUAUCAUUGAUGGAUCAGCUGCAUUUGAGUGCCAUGUUUCCUGCUACAGAGGUGGGACCAAAUACAGAGCAUGCCUCUGAUUGGCCCAUCCAGUCACUUCCCCAUUCCUGGAGUACAGGAAAUCUGAGAAUCCCACCUCCUGUAACAACCCACGCAAUCAGCAACGACAAUACUCAUUUUGGAUGGACUGUAGGACUUGGAUAGCACAGAAUUGUAUCAUAGAUACAAACAAACACAUAACAGUGAUUAAUAUCACUGAUACAUACACCCACCUGCUCAAAUCCACAUUACUAACACACAUACAUUCAUCAAUUUGCAUCACACAUGCACACACAGAGACUAAUAUGCAUUACAGAUACACAAACGCAAACAAAUUCGACAUUACAGAUUGACAGACAUAUAAAUCAAAUUCACAAAAAUGAUUAACAUACAGAAAUUGAAGCUGUAGAUACACACACACGCACACACACAAUUGUGGUGGAGGGCUACUACAGCUACAUGUAUGCUACGCAAAUGCACAUGCAGGUAGACGCACAAAACACAGUUUUGUCUGUGUUAUUAGAUUGUAAAUGAGGAAACUCUAAAAUGUCAUUGGUUUGCUCUUGGUAAGCUUGAGUUCCCAGAGUGUUAUGAAUGGAUGUCAUAUUAUCCUUCUUGUUGAGGUCAGUUGUUUAAACGCUGAGCUGCAUGAUUGAGCAGUGACUUGUUUUUUUGUUUGUCUCUUCUUUUCUUCUUUUUUGCAGUUUUUUUUCUUUGUGUAAGCCAGACUGAAGGACAAUAACUGAGAUUAAAAUGUGAAUGAUGUGUUUCAGUUCUGAACCGUGAAUGACACGGUAGUAAGAGUGUGUGUAUGUGGUUUCUGGCUUUUUUGUAACAUGUCUGAUGGAGUAUUUUUUUAUUGCUGUUUGUGUUCUUUUGGUCUUGCAUGAUCAAAAGUAGGAUAAGGGCGAAAACAAUCCAUAUUUUUAGUGUUUUUAUGUAGAAAUACGAGUCUGGAUGUGCCUUUGGACCUUGUUCUGCCCCUGAAACAGUUAUGGUGAAGUCUUUGGCAUGUAGAUUGAGCAAAAAUAAUUGGGUUACAAGGCAGACUGUUUAAAACUGUGCUAUAAUCAGGAGAGAGAAAAAUCUCUCCGCAUGAAAGUAAAAUUUUUGUUUGU